AUAAUAAAGAUAAUGUUUUUAUCAACAAGCUACUUAUCGAAUACCUAUUUAAACUAAAUCUGACUUUUCCUUGAUGUAGUUGAAAUAAAAGCUUGAAAUCAGUCCAAAAUAGUAGGCAGUCUUAGUAAAGCGUACAGGCAAUCUUUUAACUUAAAACAGUUUGUCUAAAUCAUGAAGUGUUUAGUGCUUUUAUUAGUGAUGGCAAAGUUAGCAACUGGCGCUAAGAUUUUAGCGCACUUUAUAACUCCUUCGGUCAGUCAUCAAGCGGUUUACCGAAAUAUUUGGAAAGAAUUAAGUUCGAGAGGUCACCAGGUAGUCGUUAUAACUCCGAAUCCUUUCAACGAUCCGCGUCUCGUAAAUCUGACAGAGGUCGAUGUCAGUUUCUCGUAUAAAUUCGUUGAACGACUUUCGGCAGCAGAAUCUGCCGAAAAAAUGAACGAAGAUGUAAAACUAGACAAAGUUUUUCUCUAUUUUUUGCCAUAUAUACUCGACGUUCAAAUGCAAAAUCAACAAGUGAGGGAUAUCUAUGGGAAUGUCAACAACGAAAAUUACGAUUUGGUUCUGGUUGAAAUGUUCUAUCCCGUAGUUUAUGCGCUAUCGCACAAAUACGGUUGUCCUUAUGUAGGAAUAUCGUCGUUUUCGGGAAUCAAACCUAUAGAAAGAUCAGUGGGAAAUCCCUCUCAUUCCGCUGCUUAUCCAGAUGCUAUGUUAGAUUACGAUGAUGCAAAAACAUUGUGGACACGUCUUCACUCUGUAUACAAUGACAUUUCUACGUAUCUGAGGUAAGGUAUUUUAAUGUAUACUGAGUUUUUAAUAAGAAAUUUAUUAAAAUUGCGAUUUCGAACUUAUUGGUUGUCAUCAGCACGCCACAG